UCACUCAAUUGACCUUGUCACAUUACUAUAAAAAGGAAAGCCGAAUGAGGUAAACAAAGCAUUGAUUAAAAAAGAAAAACCAAAAUAAAAAGAUGGAGCAGAUAAUCACGGCAAGUCGCAUUGUGAAGCCGUCAUCUCCAACUCCGCUUGCAUCCAAAACCCACAAACUAUCACUUGUCGACCAAAUUGCACCCCCAAUUUAUAUCACCCUCAUCUUCUUCUACCAAAACCAUGAAUCUCGCCACCACCAACAAAUCUCGCGACGUCUGCAACAAUCCCUCUCGGAGAUCCUCACCAUCUUCUAUCCCUUAGCCGGCACAAUCAAGCAAAACACAUUCGUCGACUGCAACGACUCCGGAGCCAAUUUCGUGGAGGCCCGAGUUCACGCCCGCCUCGCCCACUUCACACACAACCCUAAAAUGGAGCAACUCGGAAAACUAAUCCCGGCCGGCUACUCAUCCGCCACCGACGACAACCCCAAAUUGUCAGUGAGAACCAGCUACUUUGACUGCGGAGGAGUCGCCGUCGCCGUCUGUUUCCCGCAUAAACACGGCGACACCGCAAGCUUCGCAACGUUCAUGAACGCGUGGGCGGCCGUUUCCCGCGGGGAAGCUUCUAGAAUCAUCCAGCCCUCCUUCGAUUUGGCGCUGCGGUUCCCUCCGAGAGACGUAUUCGCCUCCGGAUUCCGCGAGGGAAUCACGGAGGAGAAAAUGGUGACGAGGAGGCUAGUUUUCGACAAGGAGGAGGUGGAGAGGAUUAGGAAAUUGGAAGCUUCUAGAAGCGAGGUGGAGGAUCCGACUAGAGUGGAAGCCGUCUCGGCUUUCCUCUGGCGGAGCUUCAUCCACGCGCAUAAACAAACGGGGACGGAAACGGCGUCGUUCCCGACGUGUCACAUGGUGAGCAUGAGGCGGCGGGCGGCGCCCCCCGUGGCAGAUCACGCCUUCGGGAACUGCUUCACGAUCGCUCUGGCGCUUGUGUCGGGAGAUGGAGACGAGGAUGUGCUGGUGUCGAGAUUGAGGGCUGCCAUACGAGGAGUGGACGAGGAUUACGUGGAAGCCAUCGGCGGCGCCGAGUUCGCUCAAGCGGCGCUGGAUGAAGUGGGCGAUUUCCUAGUGUCGGGAAACUGUGGAUUCACGAGCUGGUUGAGGUUUCCGUUGUACGACGUGGAUUUCGGAUGGGGGAAGCCGGAUUGGGUUGGCACGGGGACGAUGCCGUACAAGAAUCAGGUGACUCUCAUGGAUACUCCGUCGGGAGAUGGUAUCGAGGCAUGGAUUAACGUUCCUCACGACCACUUCUUCCAAUUCAUACAAGCCGAUUGCAAUAACCUCCUUACUUAAUUAACCUAAUCACUCAAAUAUCGUGUCCCAUACUUCAUAAAAAUAUAAAGAAAUAUGUGUGCGUGUGUUGGCCUAGCGUAGGGUUGUAUACGAAUCAAAUAAUUUUGUUCGAUUCGGUAUUCGUGUUCGAAUUUUGAUAUUCGUAUUCGAAAAUUUACGAAUCGAAUCCAAAUACAAAUAAUAUUUUUGAUUCGAUUAG